AUGUACUUUCCGCAAAAUGAGAGAUUUUCUUGUUUGGAAGGCUGCAUAACUUUGACAUCUAAGAGCUCAAUUCUGAAGAUGUCAGACAGGCAUUCAGAUCAGGCUGGAACUGGAGCAGGAAAUGAGGUGGACUCUCCUACUGUCAAUUUCAAGUUCGGCCGCCUCAGAGAUUUUUGUUCCACAUCUUCCUUUCAAGAUAGUGGUUACAGUGAGUUGUUGAAAUCUUGCAGCUUGGAUAAUACAGAUAAAGAAUUUUUUGAGAACACGGGAAAAGGCCCAACAUUAAACUAUGAGUAUCCUGAAACCUCAAGUCUGGGCUUAACACAUUCUUUAGAGACCCCUACUCAAAAAAAGAGAUUUGUCUUUGCUAGGAAGGAAGUGGAUAAUGAACCCCUGGAACUUUGUGAAACUCCUAAACUCAGUAUGAAAAAAUGUUUACUGCGCAGAAGGCUGGACGUAUCUUUCUCUCUUCUCGAGCAAGACUUCGAAUCACAAAGUAGUUCUCUAGAAAGUAGUAUAAGCCAAGUUCUCAACCUAGAGAAAAAUUUUCCAAGCAGCGCUUCAGGUUCUCCAAGGCAAAAUAAUCUCAGUGCUUUAGUUACUAACACUUUGAAAACAGAAGAAGUGACUACCAGCAGUCAAAAAUUGAGACUUAAUUUUUCUCAACACAAGGCUUCCACAGUUGAUGACUCCAAAGAUGACUGUAGCCUGUUUGAAGUUGAAUGUAUAUCUCCGAUUCAGGGCAAUACUUUUAAAGACUUUAUCACUCAUGACUUUAGUGAUAGUAGUCUAUGCAUUAAUGAUGAGAAUACAUAUCCUGAACUUCUGGGCUCCUCUGGUAGUGGAACAACUUGUGAAACAGAUGAGGAUAUAUUUGUGACUCCAAUAAGUAACCUCGUAGCAAACAUUAAAUUUAAGGCAAGCAAAAGACUUUCUCCAUCUGAAGUGAGAGGCAAUAUUUCAACACCUGAAGAUAGUGGUUUUAACUCACUUUGCUUCGAUAAAUCAGAAGAUUCCCUCUCAGACCAGGAGAGUUCUUUUCAAGAACUCCAAAAACAUAAGGGAACUCUCAAAGUGAGGGACACCAUAAGAAAGUCAAGGCGCCUGGGAAGGUUGAGAAGACUGUCCACCCUUCGGGAGCAAGGCUCACAAUCUGAGACAGAAGAGGAAAACCAGAUCAUCCACUCAGCCUCUGAAACAACCCCAGCAGCUGCUUCAGACAUCUCAGAGAGUCAGCCCAGCAGUGACAGUCAGAGUGCGGAUUUGAUUUUAGGCUUUAAGAAUUACUCAAACACCCCAGCCUUGGAAUUAGUGCAUGAGCUCUUUAUGAAAAACAAAAGGAAAAGGUUUCAGCACAAUAGUGCUCAUGAAUUCUUAGAAGACAGGGAUGGGGAGAAAAUAGCUGUGCUGCAGUGUGUACUUGCAGGACUAAUUGGCAAGAAAAUGGGUAUAGAAAAACUGGACAUCUUAACAGAGUUAAAAUACAGAAAUUUAAAGCAUAUUCUUGCAGUGGUUUUAGACUCCUUGACUGCAGAAAGCCUAUGCAGUGCUUGGAAAGUGAGCAGAAAUUGGCGUGAAAUUAUUGUUCAAGAUAGAAAAGCAAAUCAGAGGAGGAAAUUUUAUAUCACACAACUGAAAACAGAUUCUGAGCAAGCUAUAUUAAACGUGCAGGAUGCUGCCACGCGGCUUCAUCUUUUAAAUCGAUCAGCUUUAAGAUCUGUACAAGCUCAGGCUAGGACACCAGGUUCUCAGAAAGAACAAGGUUCAAUAUUCUCUCCUUGGGGUGAAGUUUUGACACCUAUAGCAAGCUCUUCAGUUACUCACUCACAUAGUAAACAGGAAGAAUAUGUUAAGGUUGCCAAAACACUUUUUAAUGAUGAAGCAUUAAAACCUUGCCCAAGGUGCCAAUCCCCUGCUAAGUACCAGCCAUAUAAGAGAAGGGGGCUGUGCAGCCGCACGGCCUGUGGCUUUGACUUUUGUGUGUUAUGUCUGUGUGCUUAUCAUGGGUCAGAAGAAUGUAGUCGAGGAGCAACAGGUCCAAGAAAUAGAAAGGAUGCUCUUCCAGGAAGUGCCCAGAGUAAGCGGAGUUUGAAGCGCCUCUAA